UCCGGUCUGCACAGUCGAGGGUGGGCCCGGCCCAGGAGAUACGUUGGCUGCAUCCUCCGCCGGCCUCCUCUCCCCAGUUGCGAGGUCCAGGGAACCCCCGAGCCGGUGGGGACUGAGCUGUCGGGCUCGAGUCCGCGUCUUCACUUUGUGUCAGACCCUGCGGGGGCUGGAGAAGAAGGGAUCUGGGUGGAGGCACUCGGCCCCAGCCCCCUGUCCGGCCGGGGAGACCCCGGAACCCUAUCGAGGAGGCAGGUCACUUCCUGCUUCCUGGUCCCCGCGGUGGCUUCUUGGCCAGAACUGCGGAGACGCCUCCUGUUUCUCCGCCUCCGACCCAAAGGGUGGAAAACGAGGCAGAUCGGGGGUGGGGCGGUCCCAUGGAGAUCGAAGAGGGAGAAUUGCUGUUCGUGACAAAACCAAACUUGUUUGGGGUGGGAGGAUGAGGACUGGGGGGAUUAGCUUGAGUUGUCCCUUGGUCAGAAAGCCAGCCCCACUGACCGGAGCGGAGCCUUGGUCGGGAGCCCUCCGUAGCCCAAGAGAUCGAAGCCUGUCGUUCUGAAUAGUCUCAAGCGGAGCCGAGGUGCCGGGGUGAAGAGUAAGAAAAUUGAAGUCAAAGAUCAUGGGAGAUGCCACAAAACCUUAUUUUGUGAGGCGUGCUAAAGAGCGAGGGACUACAGAUGAUGAGGAUUUCAGAAGGGGUCACCCCCAGCAAGAUUAUUUAAUAAUGGAUGAUUAUGCUAAAGGCCAUAGCAGUAAAAUGGAAAAAGGCCUUCCAAAAAAAAAAGGAACACCAGGGAACUAUGGGAAUACCCCCAGAAAAGGACCAUAUGCUGUUUCUAGCAAUCCAUAUGCAUUUAAGAACCCAAUUUACAGUCAACCCGCUUGGAUAAAUGACAACCACAAAGAUCAGAGUAAAAGAUGGCUAUCUGAUGAACUUGCUGGUAAUUCAGACAGUUGGAGAGAAUUCAAACCUGGACCUAGAAUUCCUGUUACAAACCGACCAAGAAGAGACUCUUUUCAAGAAAGUGAAGAUGGGUAUAGGUGGCAAGAUGGACGAGGGUGCAGAACUGUAAGACGACUAUUUCAUAAAGACCUGACAAGCCUCGAAACUAUGUCAGAAAUGGAAGCAGGAAGCCCUGAAAACAAGAAGCAGAGGUCCAGACCUAGGAAGCCACGGAGGACUAGAAAUGAGGAAAAUGAACAGGAUGGAGACUUGGAAGGCCCUGUGAUUGAUGAGUCUGUGCUUUCAACUAAGGAGCUACUGGGCUUACAGCAGGCUGAGGAGCGAUUGAAAAGAGACUGCAUUGACAGGCUGAAAAGGCGACCGAGAAACUACCCUACAGCAAAGUACACCUGCAAACUCUGUGAUGUUUUAAUUGAAUCCAUUGCAUUUGCUCAUAAGCAUAUCAAAGAGAAGAGACACAAGAAAAACAUUAAGGAGAAGCAGGAGGAAGAGUUGCUCACCACGUUACCCCCGCCUACACCCUCCCAGAUAAAUGCGAUUGGUAUUGCCAUUGACAGAGUGGUACAGGAGUUUGGCUUACACAAUGAGAACUUGGAACAGAGACUAGAAAUUAAACGUAUCAUGGAAAAUGUGUUCCAACACAAGUUACCAGAUUGUUCUCUGAGAUUAUAUGGGUCAUCCUGUAGCAGAUUGGGUUUCAAAAAUUCGGAUAUAAACAUUGACAUUCAAUUUCCAGCCAUUAUGUCUCAGCCAGAUGUUCUCUUACUUGUCCAAGAAUGUUUAAAGAACAGUGACUCUUUUAUUGAUGUUGACGCAGAUUUCCACGCUAGGGUGCCAGUGGUGGUGUGCAGAGAAAAGCACAGUGGUCUUCUUUGUAAAGUGAGUGCAGGAAAUGAAAAUGCUUGUCUGACAACAAAUCAUUUAACUGCCCUUGGAAAACUAGAAUCAAAGCUGGUUCCUUUGGUGAUUGCAUUUAGGUACUGGGCAAAGCUUUGCAGUAUAGAUCGCCCUGAAGAAGGAGGUUUGCCACCUUAUGUGUUUGCCCUGAUGGCCAUUUUCUUUCUUCAACAGAGGAAAGAACCCCUUCUGCCUGUUUAUCUAGGAUCAUGGAUUGAAGGAUUCUCAUUAAACAAACUAGGGAAUUUCAACCUUAAAGAAAUUCAGAAAGACUCUGUGGCCUGGGAGUACACUGAUAAUGCUGCAGGGGACGCAGACUCAGCAAAAGAAGAGGCACCAAAAGAAAUGCCCGUUAAAAGGGGACAGGUAUCAUUAAUAUUUGAUUUAAAACACCAGCCUUCAGUACCGGUUGGGCAGCUCUGGGUGGAAUUGCUUCGAUUCUAUGCUUUAGAAUUUAAUUUGGCUGAUUUAGUGAUAAGUAUCCGUGUCAAAGAAUCGGUAUCUCGUGAAUCAAAGGAUUGGCCCAAAAAGCGCAUUGCCAUUGAAGAUCCCUACUCUGUUAAAAGAAAUGUGGCAAGGACCCUAAAUAAUCAACCUGUGUUUGAAUAUAUACUUCAUUGUUUAAGGACAACGUAUAAAUAUUUUGCUCUUCCACACAAAAUUACAAAAUCCAGCCUUCCAAAGCCUCUGAGUACUGAUACCUGUACUUCCAAACAUUCUAAAGAAGUAGCAAAACGUGAUCCAGAUGUACAAGCGAAAGAUGAUAAACUCAAAACCUCAGUUUUGGCUCAAGGUCCUGGUGCUGCCACUUUAACUGCGAGCACCUGCAAGGUACCAUCACUUACUCUUAAAGAGACUGCUGAAAGCUUUGAAAGCCCAUCAACAGAGGAAAUGGGAAACACACACAUCAGUGUCCACCUGGAAAACUCAGACUAUAUCAAGGCAGAGGUCACUUGCGAUGACUCUGAGGAUGUUAAAGUACAUCAUCAAGAAACAGGAAGUAAAGAUGAGAAAGAAAAAUGUGGAAUGGAGGGCAAGCAUCCUUUGACUGCUGAUGAUCAAGCUUUAAGUAGUAGCAAACGUGGAGAGCUUGUCAUCUGUGGCAGCCCAGGAAGUGACGAGACUCAUGGCACUUUGCAUUUAAAAGGCUUCGAAAAUCCUACAGCUAAAGGGUGUGACGAAUUUGCUACUUUAGAUGACAAGGCUGAUGUUGAUGAAGAAAGCAUUGAAGGUACAGAUGAACUUGGAGAUGCUCUAAGCCAUUUUACCCCUUCAAGACAGGGCCAGACAUCAGGAAUCAUUCACUCUGAUGAAGAAGAGGAGGAGGAAGAGGAGGAGGAGGAAGAACCCAGGCUCUCCAUUUCCCGAAGGGAAGAUGAGGAUGAUGUUGCUAACGAAGAUGAGUUAGACAACACCUACACUGGAUCAGGGGAUGAGGAUGCCCUGUCUGAAGAGGAUGAGGAAUUAGGUGGAUCUGCUAAGUAUGAAGACUUGAAAGAAUGUGGAAAACACCAGGUGGAUGGAAAUCUACUAAUGGAACUUAAUAAAAUCAGUCUUAAAGAAGAAAAUGUAUGCGAGGAAAAUUCAACUGCGGAUCAGUCUGAUUUCUUCUAUGAAUUUAGUAAACUCAUCUUCACCAAAGGCAAGUCUCCUACAGUAGUAUGCAGUUUAUGCAAACGCGAGGGUCAUCUAAAGAAGGACUGUCCCGAAGACUUCAAAAGAAUCCAGCUGGAACCUUUGCCACCAUUAACACCCAAAUUUUCAAAUAUCUUAGAUCAAGUUUGCAUUCAGUGUUAUAAGGAUUUUUCUCCAACAAUUUUAGAAGAUCAGGCACGUGAACAUAUUCGGCAAAACCUAGAAAGUUUCAUAAGACAAGAGUUUCCAGGAACUAAACUGAGCUUGUUUGGCUCCUCCAAAAAUGGAUUUGGGUUCAAACAGAGUGACCUUGACGUCUGUAUGACAAUUAAUGGACUUGAAACUGCUGAGGGGUUGGACUGUGUAAGAACUAUUGAAGAAUUGGCAAGAGUCCUCAAAAAACAUUCAGGGCUGAGAAACAUCUUGCCUAUUACAACAGCAAAGGUGCCAAUUGUAAAGUUCUUCCAUUUGAGAAGUGGUCUGGAAGUGGACAUCAGUUUGUAUAACACAUUGGCCCUUCAUAACACAAGGCUCUUAUCUGCUUAUUCAGCCAUUGAUCCCAGAGUGAAAUAUUUGUGCUAUACCAUGAAAGUAUUUACAAAGAUGUGCGAUAUUGGCGAUGCUUCUAGAGGCAGCUUAUCGUCAUAUGCAUACACGCUUAUGGUGCUAUAUUUUCUCCAGCAGAGGAACCCACCAGUCAUUCCUGUCCUUCAAGAGAUAUACAAAGGUGAAAAGAAACCUGAAAUAUUUGUUGAUGGCUGGAAUAUUUAUUUUUUUGAUCAAAUAGAUGAACUGCCCACCUAUUGGCCAGAAUAUGGAAAAAAUACAGAAUCUGUUGGGCAGCUAUGGUUGGGACUUCUUCGUUUCUACACAGAGGAAUUUGAUUUUAAAGAACAUGUUAUUAGCAUCAGGAGAAAAAGUCUGCUUACAACUUUUAAGAAACAGUGGACAUCAAAAUACAUUGUUAUUGAAGAUCCAUUUGAUUUGAAUCAUAAUCUUGGAGCUGGAUUAUCAAGGAAAAUGACAAAUUUUAUAAUGAAAGCAUUUAUAAAUGGGAGAAGAGUAUUUGGUAUUCCAGUCAAAGGAUUUCCAAAGGACUACCCCUCAAAAAUGGAGUACUUUUUUGAUCCAGAUGUGCUAACUGAAGGCGAGCUGGCCCCAAAUGAUAGAUGUUGCCGAAUUUGUGGGAAAAUUGGACACUUCAUGAAGGACUGUCCUAUGAGGAGAAGAGUGAGGCGACGGCGAGAUCAGGAAGAUACACUGAACCAAAGAUACCCCGAGAACAAAGAGAAAAGAAGCAAAGAAGACAAAGAAAUUCAAAACAAGUACACAGAGAGGGAGGUAUCAACAAAAGAAGAUAAGCCCAUGCAGUGCACACUUCAGAAAGCCAAGCCAGUGAGAGCAGCUGUUGACCUGGGGAGAGAGAAAAUUCUCAGGCCACCAGUGGAAAAAUGGAAGAGACAAGACGACAAAGACUUAAGAGAAAAACGUUGUUUUAUUUGUGGAAGAGAAGGGCAUAUUAAAAAGGAAUGCCCACAGUUUAAAGGCUCUUCAGGUCUGUCUAAAUCUGAUUGUGUAUUUGGAUCCCCUUCUUCACCUAGCCCUUUGAGACCAACUGGCACAUUUGUUCAGGCAGUGCUUUUACAUGAAGACCAAAAGAAACAAAAAACAUCUAUAUUUUUGAGUCCCCAGUCAGCAAAAAAUGAAAAUUGCCUGGGGGAAUGACUAAGGAAAUGCAGUAUUGAGGAUGGAAAGUUUCUGCUACAAGGAAUAGAAACGCUAUGGCAUUGGAUAAAGUAAAAGUAUGUUGCUAUGAAGUAGUCAAAAGAUUCGUUUAUCUGCAGUGCCUUCUCCCAUAAUUUCAGCCACAAAAACAGACUAGAAGUCGUUUUUUUUUUUAAGGCCAAAAUUUCUCACUCAAAGAUACUCUUUCACUUGAAAGAAUGUCUUGUUCUGUGAUAUACAUAUGAGAGAAAUAAUAUUUCAUUGAGUUUCUUGAAUUUUAUUUCACUGGCCAAAUCUCAGGUGAAUUAGACUCAUUGAUUAUACAUAACUUUCUUGGGUGGGUAUGGGUAACUUAGUUGUUUGGGGGAGUAUGUUGAAACUGGAGGGCCGCUAGGCUUGCAGCAUGUUGUUUUGCUGAAGUUUUUAUACUAUUUCCCAGAAUGACCUUAAGUCCCAAACGUUCCCCUGUUUAGUCAUUCUGACUUGUUCUGAAAUUCAGAUCCAUUGCUUGGAAAGUUCUAAUAACCAUAUCUUUACCCUGAAGUGGACUCUCAGCAGGGUUAUACAUCAUCAGUAACACUCCUCCCAGUGGGGUAUAUUGGAUUAUUGCCUGACACUAGGAAAUUAAGACAUGUUUUGGUUCCUGUAAAGACAUGUUUUGGUUCCCAGGCACGCAGGUAAUUUUUCUCUUAAGCCCCUUUCUGUAUGAAAUGUUGAACAUCAACCACUUUGUGGUAAGUGGACCACUCUCCAUGAAUUGCUUUUGUUUGCUGUUUAAGUGUUUUCUACUAAGAGUUGAGAAAAGAAGGAAAUAUAUUGCUUUUGUAAAAACCAAAUUAGAUAAUUUAGAAAGUCACAUGAGACUCAGGAGUUCCCUGGUGGUCCAGUGGAUAGGAUUUGGCGCUUUCACUGCCAUGGCCCAGGUUCAAUCCCUGGUCAGGAUGAAAAGAAACACGUGGGGCAGCAUGGUAUGUGUGCCCUGAGCUUACACCUCCCAUCUGCUGGCAAUAAACCAAGGCUCCGCAUCAGGUUGGACUUCCAGUGAGUAUUUUCCCACGACUGUGCCUUUUUUUUUUUAAUUUACUGGAAAUCUUUUGAUUGUAAUUUGACAGUAAUUAGAUUAAUUUCUUCAGGACUCACAUGGGAAAUAUCACCAUGAAAAUUAGGAAAGCUAGUUUUUACUGGCAAUCAUUUAGAAGUGUAACUAAGCAUUUUUUAAAAAUUUUUUCCAUUAAUAUCUCUCUAACUAUUUGAGGUUAAUAUACUGUGAUCUUAAAAAAUAAUUCUCUGCAGAAUUUCCUCCUUCCCCCCACCCCCCCAUCCUAUUCCCUGUCGUUGAUCUGCUUGGUUCCUGUUCUGAAAGAACUGUGGGAAACGGCCUUUAUAAACCACCCACUGGUAGUGAUUUAUUCAACUUUUUUUUUUUAAGUGACACACAAUAAGAAAUACAUACACACCGUAUGUUAAUAACUGAAUCAAAGUUUCACUGUUUAUCAAGUGCAGUGCACUGUUCUGUGAUUUUUGUUUUUGUUUUUUGGCUGUGUUGGGUCUUCGUUGCUACGCACGGACUUUCUUUGGUUGCGGCGAGCGGGGACUACUCUUCGUUGCGGUGCGCGGGCUUCUCAUUGUGGUGGCUUCUCGUUGCGGGGCACAGGCUCUAGGUGUGCGGGCUUCAUUAGUUGUGGCACCCGGGCUUCAGUAGUUGUGGUACCUGGGCUUAGUUGCUCCGUGGCAUGUGAGAUCUUCCCAGACGAGGGAUCGAACCCAUGUCCCCUGUGUUGGCAGGUGGAUUCUUAACCACUGCGCCAUCAGGGAAGUCCCUGUUUUUGUUUUUGUUUUUUUAAUGAUAGUCUCAACCUUCUACAUUGGUUUCAUGACUUUUCUAAAUUUGUCCAGACUCUGCUUCAGCAUCUUCAUCUGGCCAAGCCCCAACCAGACAGGGUGAAAGAGCACACUCGGGCCAUCCAUCAGGUCUGUACCCCCAGCACAGGCUUGAGUUCUGGCUACGAUUACUACCUAGUUGUAGAUCAUAAUGUCCACUCUGAGAUUUCACAAACCAGGAAAAUGCCUGUAUAGAAAACUGGAGGACCGGCUCAGCAUUGCCAGCUAGAGGAGCUAGUAAAACGAAACGUAGGAAGGACAUGAUCUCUUCAUGAUAAUAUAUUCUCAUUGUUAUAAUAAUAGCUGGCUUAUGUUGAGCUCUCUGUUCCUGGCGCUAUUCUAAAUGCUUUUCAUGAAUUCGUUCAUUUAAUACUCACAAGAAUCCUGAGGAGGAGGGACUUUUAUCCCUGUUUAAGCCAAGUAAUGGGCUGGGACACAGCUAGGAAGUGGGCCAGGAAUGCCCUGGGACAGGCUUUCUCCCUAACAGCCUCCUCAGGAAAUUGGGGUUUGUAAUGCUGAUCUACGCAUGAAGUACAUUGAGACGUUUUCUUAUUUUUGAGGACAACUGGGCUUGGUUAAACAGCAUUUCUCCUGAAAACUCUUCCAUGUUCUUGUUUCUAUUAUUGACUAGCUUAGUUCUGAGCAUCAUCUAGAUGCUCAGAUGCUGAUGUAAUAAUCUCUGUGGAUAGGGACUUCCCUGGAGGCCCAGUGGUCAAGACUUCGUGCUUCCAAUGCAAGGGGCGCAGGUUCGAUCCCUGGUUGGGGAACUAAGAUCCCACGUGCCGCGCGGCCAAAAUCAAUCAAUUAAUCAAUCUCUGUGACAUUUGGUGGGACUGGCACGAGAGGCACACUGGGUUAUUUGAUGCUGGUAACAUUUUUUCCUCUAGGUGUACAUUUUGAUGGAUCUGAAAUAGAUUUGGGGUAAACAGAAUGAGCAAUAGAGUUAAUAAUGAUCAAUAGGAAAAAUGCCUGAAGAUUGGCUUUCCCAAUGUGGUACUUGAUAUCAUUCAUUGACUGUCGAGUGCCUUCUGUGUGUCAGGCAAUGUGCUUGUUGCUGGGCAUAAAGUAGGAAUUUGAAAUAGAUGCUGACUAGAAAAAUUAUAUUUGUGAUGUGAGUAGAUAGUACCACAGAGAUUAUGACAGGGAGCUGACCUUGACUGAGGGGGUGGGGGCAGGGGAUGAAGAGGAUGUUGCUAGUGGAUAUUUUUAAAAAUGCUUUUAAUUGAGUAGAGUUCAUAUGCUUGUGUAUGAAAUCCACAAGGUACUCUGGUGAGAAUGGAACAUAAAUUCACCACAUGAAUUUGCUAAAGAUAGACUUGAGUUGUCUUAAAUACUAGGAAAUAUAAGGCUGAAGAAGGCAAAGUUUGUAACUAACAACUUAAUAACCUUCCCUUU